CCAAGGCUUAUUUUGAAGAUGCUGGCUAUGCCUUGCUCCUUUGCGACCUCAGCAAUAUGUGGUAUGAAAAAACAGACACUCAGAUCAUACAACAGAGGUCAAAGGAUCUAAAUAAGCGACUGACAGCUCAUGUAUCCUCCUUCUUGAACUGCCUGCGCAGUCUAGUGUGUCCCCUUUUGGAAGGGCAGCCGACCUGUUCCACGUCCUUCUCCUGCCAGCUCAGCCCGAGCACACUGACUCUUCAUGUGAAGAGUGAGCUCUCAGGGCUGCCUUUCUACUGGGAUUUCUACUGCUCAGCGGCACCUGUUGAGAUGGUAUCCCGCCACCUUGUGCGACCCCUGAUGGCGAUGAGCCUGGCACUGCAGAGUCAGGUGCAAGAGUUGGCAUCUCUGCUGCUCCAGAAGGACGCAGAGAUUGAAGACUACCGGGAGAGUGGGGCUGCUCUCAGUCGAGAACGUCUGAAAACGGUACCUUUCAAGGAAGAAUCCUUUCUGCAGACAUUUGAGGCCAAGCGCUGCAAGGAUCGUCUCAACUCACUGGCCAUCUCAGUAAUGAACCAGUGGCCAGGCGUAAAGCUACGUGUGACUGAGGGCUGGGACGAAGACGGCCACCACUCUGAGGAGUCCCUGCACUACGAGGGCCGGGCUGUCGACAUCACCACGUCGGACCGUGACCGCAACAAGUAUGGCAUGCUGGCUCGCUUGGCUGUGGAGGCUGGCUUUGACUGGGUCUACUAUGAGUCCAAAGCUCACAUCCACUGCUCUGUCAAAUCUGAGCACUCAGCAGCAGCAAAGACAGGCGGGUGUUUCCCAGCCCGGGCACUGGCAACUCUAGAGAAUGGGACCAAGAUUCCCCUGUGGGCACUGAAGCCUGGGCAGCAGAUCCAAGCCAUGGAUGAGCGAGGCCAUCUCAUAUACAGUGACUUCGUGACAUUUCUGGACAAGGCACCCUUGACGCACACUGCUUUCCACAUCAUCGAGACACAGGAUCCGCCCCGUCGCCUCGCUCUCACAGCAGCGCAUCUCCUUUUUGUAGGGGAAAAUGCCACGGCACCCAUGAAGGCUGUUUUUGCCAGCCAAGUGCGCCCGGGUCAAUAUGUGCUGGCCGCAGAGGGGGCUGAGCUGCGGCCAGCCAGAGUGUCGGCUGUUUCGGAGCAGGUGGACACUGGGGCAUAUGCUCCCCUCACCAGCCAUGGGACGGUGGUGGUGGAUGACGUGGCGGCCUCCUGCUUCGCACUGGUGCAAGAGCAGCGCUUGGCACAGCUGGCCUUCUGGCCCCUUCGACUCUUUCACAGCCUGGCAGGCAGCCACCGGACCCAGCCGGAAGGUGUUCACUGGUACUCCGCACUGCUCUAUCGUCUGGGCCGGGCGUUCCUGGCUUCAGACAGCUUCCACCCAAUGGCCACAGCACAGUUUGACAGCUGA